GGCCUCGGCGCCCUCCCCCUGGGGUGACAGAAAGUCGGCGGCAGCUCCGGGAGCUGGAGGAGGCGGAGGAGGAAGUGGCGGCCGGGUUGGCCCUGGGACUGACCGACGGACGUCCUGACCGACCGACCGACGGACGGACUCCCCUCGCUCUCGCCCUGGUUCUGGGCGCGCCCUCCUCCCGCUCUCUCCGGCCUGGCCCUCCGGUAGCUGGUUCGCCUCCGCCCCCCCCCCCCCUCCCGCCCCCGGUCCCUGCCAGUCCGGCCGUCCCACCGCCCGCCCCGCGGAAUUCUGCGCGCGCUCGCUUGGCCCGAAGCCAAUCCAGCCAGGAUGGAGUCCUUAAUGAACUUUUACCAUGAGGUGAUGAAGAGAGCAGACCCCCGGCUCCAGGGCUACCCUCUGAUGGACACCCCGCUGCUCAUGACCUCCAUCCUCAUCGGCUAUGUCUAUUUCGUGCUGUCCCUGGGGCCCCGGCUGAUGGCCAAUCGGAAGCCAUUUCAGCUUCGCGGCUUCAUGGUCGUAUACAACUUCUCCCUGGUGGCUCUCUCCCUCUACAUAGUCUAUGAGUUCCUGAUGUCUGGCUGGCUGAGUACCUACACAUGGCGUUGUGACCCUGUGGACUAUUCCCAGAACCCAGAGGCCCUCCGGAUGGUUCGUGUGGCUUGGCUCUUUCUCUUCUCCAAGUUCAUCGAGUUGAUGGACACGGUAAUCUUUAUUCUUCGAAAGAAGGACGGCCAGGUGACUUUCUUGCAUGUCUUCCAUCACUCUGUGCUGCCCUGGAGCUGGUGGUGGGGCGUUAGGGUGGCCCCAGGAGGAAUGGGUUCCUUCCACGCCAUGGUGAACUCCUCCGUGCAUGUGAUCAUGUACCUUUAUUACGGGCUGUCCGCUUUGGGCCCGGCCGCCCAGCCCUAUCUCUGGUGGAAGAAGCACAUGACGGCCAUCCAGCUGAUCCAGUUUGUGCUGGUCUCGCUGCACAUCUCUCAGUAUUACUUCCUGCCCAGCUGUGACUACCAGUACCCUGUGAUCAUCCACCUCAUCUGGAUGUACGGGACCAUCUUCUUUGUGCUCUUCUCCAACUUCUGGUACCAGUCGUACACCAAAGGCAAGCGGCUGCCGAAGGCCGCCCAGCAGAAUGGAGUGCCCAAAGUCAAGGCGAACUGAGCCAGGCUGGCCUGACCCCGGCCCUCGCCCACCACCGAAGUGCCUCGGGGCUGCACUGAGGGCAGCCAUUCCAUUUGGGCAGGGGGACUGCGGAUCACGUCUCUGCUGGUGGGUCACAGGACCUGGCUAGAGCAGGGGGACGAACCCGGACCCUCCCCUCUUUCUACGAGCUGGCACACAGGGACCACGACCACCCCCCUCCCUGUACCUUACCCCUAACCACAGGGGCUCCCUUGCCCUCUGCCACAGCACAGCCCUGGGGGUGGGGGUGCAGCUUGAGCUGGACAUGCCCCCUUCCCCCCCACCCUGGGCCAGCCUGUCUGGGGAAAGGGGAAUACUCAGGGCUGGCCCCAACCACAGGCCUGCGGCCUUUUAACUUUUCUCACACUGAAGAGGUCAGCAAUAAUCUUCCCCUGAUCACCGGGGACUUGGUUCUCACCCCACAUCUGCCCCGCUGCUGGAGGGGCGUGGGGCAGGGAGAACACAGCCCACAGGGGCUGCUCACUCACACGUGUCUUAAUUAAAGUGACAGGAAACAUCA